GAACGCAAUGGCAUUUGCUAGUCACUUCGCGAACAUCGGAACUCACGGUUUACAAUCACUUGUGCCGCAACUUUAAAUAUCGAGAGAAACGAGAACUAAAUAAAUAAAUAAAAACCAAAGGCAAAUCUAACUUUUAAUCAUUCAGCUUUUAUCGCCUACUUCGUCUUAGAGAAAAUAUUUUGAAAAUCCGCUGACUUGGAAUCCAAAAGCGGCGAAGAAAUGGCUACUUGUUUUGUCAUCAAUGGCACGUCUUAUAACGUGGACUUGUCCGACUUGCCGGCCGACAUCACGCUGAACACCUUCAUUCGCGAACACGCUCAACUAACAGCAACAAAAUUCAUGUGUCUGGAGGGUGGUUGUGGCGCUUGCAUUUGCGUCGCAAGAGGCAAACAUCCAACAAGCGGCGAGACUCGCACUUGGGCGCUCAAUUCGUGUCUGACCCUGUUGAACACUUGUGCGGAUUGGCAGAUCACCACAUCCGAAGGCAUUGGCGGCAAACGAAUUGGUUAUCACCCAAUUCAAAAGCGUUUGGCCAAGCUGAAUGGCACACAAUGUGGCUUUUGUUCACCUGCCAUGGUAAUGAAUAUGUAUGGACUGCUGGAGUCUAAAGGCGGUCAGGUUACCAUGGAGGAAGUGGAGAACUCAUUUGGUGGCAAUAUUUGUCGCUGCACCGGUUAUCGGCCCAUUUUGGAUGCCAUGAAAUCAUUUGCCGUGGAUAGCAAUAUUGGGUUGCCUGAGGUUUGUGGCGACAUUGAAGAUUUCGAGUUUGUCGGUUGUCCAAUGGCGGGUAGACAAUGCGUGGGCAGCUGCCAUCAACAACUUACUGCUUUUUCUUAUGCAGAUGGCAGGCAAUGGUAUUGGCCACGGUCGCUCAGCGAAGUUUUCGCUGCACUCGACAAAGUGGGCAACGAACAGUAUAUACUCGUGGCGGGAAAUACAGCGCAUGGCGUCUACAGACGAUCGCCGAAUAUCAAGCAUUUUAUCGACCUGCAUGCAGUGCCCGAGUUGAAACGGUAUACUAUUGAUGGCGAAAAGCUUACGUUGGGUGCUAACUUAAGUCUGACGGAAGCUAUGGAAAUUUUCAAAAAAGUUGAGCAACGGUCUGGCUUCGAGUAUUGCCAACAGUUGUGGCAACAUUUCGAUUUAGUCGCCAAUGUGCCGGUGCGCAAUAUGGGCACUCUUGCGGGUAACAUCAGCAUAAAAAAGGCACAUCCGGAAUUUCCCUCCGAUGUUUUUCUUUCAUUCGAGACACUCAAUGCCCAAGUUGUUAUUCAGGAGUCCCCAGCGCAAUCGAAAAGUAUGCCACUGCUGGAAUAUCUUAAAUCACCCUCCGGUAAAGCGGUCAUUAUUGCAUUUGAAUUGGCAUCGUACCCAAAAGAGAGAUUUGUUUAUCACUCGUACAAGAUCACACCAAGAGCACAAAACGCGCAUGCCUUUGUUAAUGCCGCCUUUCUACUCGAAAUGGAUGAAGCGACAUGGGGUUUAGUUAACUCGGCACGCAUUUGCUUCGGCGGCAUCAAUCCCGAUUUCGUGCACGCCACUGGUACCGAAAAGCUCCUAGCAGGAAACAAUUUAUUCGAUAAGGAAACAGUAGCGCAAAUAUUUAAAGUACUAAAUGCGGAAGUUUUACCCAAUGAUGUGUUACCAGAUCCCAGCCCCGAGUACCGCAAGGCGCUGGCUUGUGGACUAUUCUAUAAGACUUUGCUUAGGCUUGCGCCAGCGGAGAAGGUUAGAGAUGAAUAUAAAAGUGGAGCUGACGUUCUGAAGCGCUCACUUUCAUCUGGCUUACAAACAUUUGAAACGAUUGAGAAAAAUUAUCCCAUCACACAACCUAUACAGAAACUGGACGGAUUACUUCAGUGCGCUGGCGAGGCGACCUAUAUGAACGACGUUAUCACCACUUCCAAUGCUGUCCACUGUGCAUUUGCCAAUGCCACUAAAGUAGGCGCAAAUAUCGAACAGAUCGACGCUACCGAGGCUUUGGAAAUGACGGGUGUGGUUGCAUUCUAUACAGCCAAGGACAUCCCAGGCACCAACACCUUUUGCGACGCAGCAUUUCAAUAUGAAGUUGAGGAGAUAUUCUGCAGUGGUACCGUAAAAUAUUAUAAUCAGCCAUUGGGUGUAGUUGUAGCAAUUAGUAGUGACAUUGCAAACCGUGCCGCUACGAAAGUGAAAGUUAUCUACAGUAAUCGUCCAACCAAUGUUAAAAUUCUUCCCACUAUGGCCGAUGUCUUCGAAGCACAAACAAUGGCGCGGGUUAAGCGGACUGCAUCUUCGCAAAAUAAGAUUCAACUCUCAGAUCAGCCAGAUAUCUCAGCAAGAGGGGUUUUCGAAAUUGGAGCUCAGUAUCACUUUACGAUGGAGCCUCAUACAACCAUAGCUGUACCGUUAGAAAACGGUCUAGAAGUAUGGACCGCCACUCAAUGGAUGGAUCACACACAGUCUGUCAUCGCCAAAAUGUUGGAAAUGAAGGUCAAUGAUGUACAAUUAAAAGUGCGUCGGGUCGGCGGCGGAUAUGGUGCUAAAAUCACAAGGGGCAACCAAGUCGCUUGUGCCGCGUCAUUAGUCGCCUACAAACUCGGUCAACCUGCACGCUUUGUGCAGACUAUCGAGUCGAUGAUGAAUUCAGUUGGCAAGCGUUGGGCUUGCCAAUCCGAUUAUGAGUUUCACAUCAAAAGCAAUGGGAAAAUUGUAGGGCUUACGAAUAUAUAUUACGAAGAUGCCGGUUGCACAUUGAAUGAAAAUCCGGUCGAAGUUUUCACAGCCGAUGCGGCGAGAAAUUGCUAUGAACUCAACAACUUGAACUCGCACAUAUCGGGGCAGCCAGUCAUUACGGAUGCACCCAGUUCAUCGUUUUGUCGAGCACCUGGUUCACUCGAAGCUAUUGCCAUGAUAGAGAACAUAUUAGAGCACAUGGCAUUUGAGGCAAAGAUAGAUCCCGCUGAUGCGCGUCUAAUCAAUAUAAAACUUGGAAAUAAAAUGGUUCAACUGUUACCACGAUUUUUAAAGUCGACUGAGUAUAGCGAACGACGAAAGCAAAUUGAAGCAUUCAAUGAGAAGAAUCGUUGGAUGAAGCGAGGAAUUGGGUUGGCCUUAAUGGAGUUCCCAAUGCAUUUGUUGGGACAAUUUGCUGCCACUGUAGCCAUAUACCACGUGGACGGUACUGUAAUCAUUGUACAUGGCGGCAUAGAGAUGGGUCAAGGUAUGAACACGAAAAUUGCGCAAGUUGCCGCCUACACACUUGGCAUACCAGUAUCGUUUGUGAAAAUCGAGUACAGCGACACAAUCAAUGGCGUCAAUUCGGAUACUACCGGCGGUUCAGUGGGCAGCGACAGCCUUUGUUUCGCUGUACGGAAGGCCUGCUACACGCUCAAUGAACGCCUGGCGCCAGUCAAGGCAGCGCUCGAUAAAAAUGCCAGCUGGCCGAAAAUUGUGGAAGAAGCCUGGACUAGAAAAAUAAAUAUGAUCGCAAGUGAGCAUUAUAAGCAGGGUGACAUGCAGGACUACUCUGUUUUUGGUUUGGCGCUAACCGAAAUAAAGUUAGACAUUUUAACUGGAAACCAUUUAAUUGAACGCGUGGAUAUACUAGAGGAUGCUGGUGAAAGUCUGAGUCCCUACGUUGAUAUCGGACAAGUUGAGGGCUCAUUUGUUAUGCUGCUUGGCUACUGGCUAACCGAGCAUUUGGUAUAUGAUCGUCAAACCGGAGAGUUGAUAACUAAUCGUACCUGGAAUUAUAAACCUCCAGGUGCCAAGGACAUACCCAUUGAUUUUCGCGUAGAACUGCUGCAAAAGAGUCCCAACCCUGCUGGAUUCAUGCGCUCUAAGGCUACCAGUGAGCCACCGGCCUGUCUGGCAGUCAGUUCUAUAUUCGCGGUGCAACAGGCUCUACAAUCAGCGCGGCAGGAUGCCGGUUUGAAGCGUGAGUGGGUACGUUUGGGUGCGCCUACAACGCCUGAGGUAAUCGCUUUGAAUGCUGGCACCGAUACGACUUCAUUUUCUUUGGAAUAAUAAGUGGAUAUAUAUAUAUAUAUAUAUAUAUAUAUACCAAAGUGUACGAUAACUGCCUAUAUAUAUAUAUAACAGAACGGGAUGUGUAGACACUUUUCGCAAUAUUUUCCAUGUUUUUCGAGCAGCAUUAUUUUGUUUUUAGAAAAGAAAUAAUCUUCAUGCUCUAACCGAAACUUUAUACAAAAUUUAAAAAAAUUGAGAAAAUUUCCACUGAAAUUGGGAAGCGAAUGUAUCGCUUACAGUGAUUUUUAAAUGGGGGUUGUUGCCUACAUUUUAUCAAAAAAUUAUAAUGGCAAAAUAAAAGCGUUAGUACGGGACUUAA